AUGUCGAUACAGAGACUUCAGGAGCUAUUUGAGGUGGAAGAUGUGGGAACUCUUGAUACAAAUACCAUCGAGAAAGAGCUCGAAGCAGGUGCAAAAACUUCGAAAGAUGAGUUUAGAUCACUUGCACUAAAGAAUCCAGAUAGAGCAGUUGAAUUGUCCAAAAAGUGUGGUAAACCAUUGUAUUUGAUAUCACUUGCAACUGAAGACGAGCCAUUACAGCCAAUAUUUGAUAUUUUCAAAAACAUUGCCAAAAUUUCAAAAAAAGAGGAUGAAUUAUAUUUUGCCUUGGAUGCUAUUUCAUUGUAUGUCACAUUCAAUAAGAUCCCAUUCCAACAAGUUGAGUUUUUCGUUGGAGCUUGUGUGCCAUGUUUGGUGAAGAGUGAGGUCUGUUGGGCUGCUUUCAGUAGGUUUUAUGCUCGUUAUUCAAUGCUGGAUCCAACAGGGUUAUAUGAAGCUGUGGAACAACAAAUUGACAUAUUGAAUGCUAGAGAAGAUUAUGGACCAAUUUUCAAGAUUGUCGGACACGCAUUCGUUAUCAAGAAAGAUCAAGGAAAGAAGUUUUAUGACUUGGAGUCAGUGCAAGAUUCUAUAAGGAAUGUGAAUGAAUUUUCAUCCCCAACCACAAUCAAAGAAGGAUUGAGUCUUUUGUCAUUGUUGUGCUCCGAUGAAGAAUUGAGAAAAGAGAUUGCAGUAAAGUUUAUAUCUGUUUUAACUCAUGGUAUAAAAUCAAACGAUAUAGAUAUUCAAGAACUAUCUACAUUGGUGAUAAUCAAAACUUGGAGCUUUACUCAAGUUGAGCUUGAGAAAUCAAUAUCCAUAGAUGAGCUUUACAAUACAAUCACCAAAAAGUUUACAAAGACAACUAUUGAAGGGCUAGCUUACCUCUCCAUUAAACCUGAUGUUAGAAAAAGGAUAAGAAAUGACGAUGAAGUGGUCUUUGACUUGACAAAGCUUCUUGAUAAGUCUCAAAAUGAUUCACAAGAAGAUUUGUAUGGUGUUUUGGUGGUUUUAGCAAAUUUAACAACAAUUGAAGAAAAAUCAGAAGUUUCAGAAUUGAAAAAACAUGCUCAAAAAGGAUUGGAGAGUAAUAUUGAAGAGGAUCCUUUGGAAAUUGUUGAAUUUCAAGCUGACUUACUAGAGAGGAACAUUUUGGGAUUGAUAUCCGGACAUGAAGUUUCUCCAAAUUCGAUGAUACAAAUUGUCAGAUUGAUUUUCAAUUUGUCAACCUCAAAGGAUAAUCGACCUCAAAUAUUAGCACAAGGUGGGCUCAAAAUAUUAUUAAAGUUUUUAAAUUUAUCAACCUUCUCUGAAGAGACAAAAAUCAUUGCAUAUAGAGCUGUCUCAAAUCUUUUACUCACCACGGACCCAAAAACUAUUUUUGAGCUACGUCAAGCUCAGUAUGCACUAUUUCUUUUCUUGAAAACAGAGGAAUUACCAUUAAAAGAUCAACUUCAAGCCUUGAUAUCAUUGACCAAUGCUAGUUCAAUUGAUAAUGGUGGAUUACCAGAAGACCAAUGGGAUCUGAUUGACCAUUUUUUAAACCAUGAAAACACAUUGAUACGGAGGUCAGCUAUUGAAUUAGUCUGUAAUUUGGUACAACAUAAAGAUGGUGUUGCUGCUGUAUAUAAUUUUGCAAAACAAUCUUCAAAGAAAAGAUAUGAUCUAUUGGUUCAGUACACUUUGUUAAAAGAUGUCAAAUCACAAUGUUCAGCUGUUGCUGCUUUAUCAUUUGGUGUCACUUUCCCAUUUAUAGCAGAGGAAGUGGUAAAGGAUAAAACACUAUUGGAUAAUUUAUUUACAAUUUUAAAUGAGCAGUGCAAAGAGGAAGACCUUUUGGAAAGAGUAUUGUUUGUUCUUUAUUACUUGGUGUUCAAUAGUGAAGAGAAUACUGCAAUUAUGGAGAGGUUGGCUACAAAUUCACAGUUCAAGAAAGGGAUUGAAACGGUACUAAGAAAUGUCAAGCGAGGCACAGAACCUUUCGAAAUGGCAUUGGAAAUACUCAAGAUUGUCAAGUUUAGAUAGUUAUAAGAUAUAUAAUAAUUGAAUACAUGAACAAUAUGAUGGCUACAUUUUUGGUAAUAAUUUGCUGAAACUCAAACAUAAAAUUGAUCAGAUUUUCCCAAAUGAAUUAAUUCUAUCAUCCAAUUAAAUAUCAAAUGGUAAUCUGUUGUCGUAUACUCAAGAACUUUUGGUUCUUUUUGAGUUGUUUCAGUUCUUGAAGAAUAUUCAAUACUUCUAGAAAGGUACAAGACUGAAUUCUAUGGCUGGAAACAAUGAAGAGUGCCCUGUUGAUGUCCAUUCACAAUACCGAAUACACAGCCCAGACAGACUGACACAGUUACCUGGAAUCAGUCUGAUAUUGAGUCUCUUUUUCAGAAAUCUCAACAAAUGAUUUUGGAUGCUAAAAUUUUGACGCAUUUCGAUCCAAAU